UGUCUUUCAUAUAUUUCAGAUUUCAGAGGAAAGUUUCAAGAGUUUCAUUCUAGGGCCAUUUACAACAGCUGCCAGGCAAAGGAGAAGAUGCAAUCUAAUGUCAGAACCACUUCGAGAUCAUAAAUUACAAGGCUCCCAACCCUGACCUGGCUGAUCAAGAUCUGAUAGUGACUGAAUAGAAGCUGUCCCAGCCCUGGUUCCAUGAUGUACCAACCACUUGAAUGUUCACAAGCUGAUUACCCACAAGUUGAACAACAAAGAAGACAGCAAUGCAGGGGCCCUAUAAGCCUAUCUCUCUUCACACUGGCAAUCAUUGCCAUCAUAGGAAUUGCCAUUGGUAUUGUUACUCAUUUUGUUGUUGAGGGUGAUAAGUCGUUCUACUAUCUUGCCUCUUUUAAAGCUACAAAUAUAAAAUACAGAGAAUGUUAUGGAAUGAGAACCUCAAAACAGUUUACGGAAAAGAGUCAUCAGAUUGAGAGAAUGAUGUCUAGGAUAUUUCAACAUUCUGGAGAGGGUCGGUUUAUCAAAUCUCAUGUUAUCAAAUUAAGUCCAGAUCAAAAUGGUAUGAACAUUCUUAUGGUGCUUGUGUUUCGAUUCCCAUCUACUGAUAGUGCUGAGCAAGUCAGGAAAAAAAUUGAAAGGAUUCUAUAUCAAAGUCUGAAGAGAGAACCAAUGCCUUUUACUAUACAUAAACCAUCAUUUGCACUCACAUCUAUCGACAACAAAAAGAUGAGGAAUCUUCUCAACAGUCGCUGUGGAAUAAGGAUGACACCUUCAUUCAUGCCAUUACCAGCAUUUGCGUCUACUGAAAGAAUUAUCCAAGGAAGUGAAGCAGCUCUGGAAGGGGAGUGGCCAUGGCAGGCCAGCCUCCAGCUCAUAGGGGCUGGCCAUCAGUGUGGGGCCAGCCUCAUCAGUAACACGUGGCUACUCACGGCCGCUCACUGCUUCCGCAGAAAUAAAGACCCAAAUAGAUGGAUUGUCACUUUUGGUAUAACUGUAACACCACCCACAGUGCAACGAAAUUUGAAGAAAAUUAUCAUUCAUGAAAAUUACCGUAGAGAAACAAAUGAAAAUGACAUUGCUUUGGUUCAGCUUGCAACCCGAGUUGACUUUUCAAAUGUAGUUCAGAGAGUUUGCCUCCCAGAUUCAUCCAUAAAGUUGCCACCUAAAACAGGUGUAUUUGUCACAGGAUUUGGAUCCAUUGUAGAUGAUGGACCAACACAAAAUAAACUACGGCAAGCCAGGGUAGAAAUCAUAAGCUCCGAGGUGUGUAACAGAAAGGAUGUGUAUGAUGGCAUGGUAACUUCAGGAAUGUUAUGUGCCGGAUUCAUGGAAGGAAAAGUAGAUGCCUGUAAGGGAGAUUCUGGUGGACCUCUGGUUUAUGAUAAUCAUGAAAUCUGGUACCUAGUUGGUAUAGUAAGUUGGGGACAAUCAUGUGCUCUUCCCAAAAAACCUGGGGUCUACACAAGAGUGUCUCAGUAUCGAGACUGGAUUGCCUCCAAGACUGGUAUCUAGUGUGAACUGACCCUGAAUUUUAUCCAUCACACAUAGAGCUAAAACUCCUGCAUAUUAUGUGUCAUUUGUAUUCUUGUGAUUUGGAUCAGUUCUUUUGUUGAAUGUCAAGAAGUCCUUCAGAGGCAGAGCAAUCUACUAUCAUGAGGUGGACUUUGUAUACAUGUGACAGAAAUCUUUCUCUACCCUAAGAGAAAAAGACACAGCAAAUGACAGUAGCACCAACUCCUCACUCACAUGGGAAAUUGUGAUCCUAUUAAUCAGAUGAAUAUUUAUAUAUAGUUUCCUUCCAUUGAAGAUGGGAACAUUAUUUUCGACAGGAUAUGAAGAGCUGCCAGGGCUCUCAAAAUCUUACCUCAUGUAGUACCUAGAGCACUUGGGAUUCAUCUAGCAAAAAUCAAACAGCAACCAUCCUUGAGGAUUCAGGGCUCCAGCAUUCUAAGACUGAUUACUGGACCUUCAACGGCUUGAAUGGAGCAGUGUGAGAUUUUCAACAUAACUUGAAUUCUAACCUGGGUUUACAAAAUACAGAGCACUAUCAUUAACCAUGAGAAUUGCUAUUUAAAAGGUCUUUAGAUAUAUCUGAACUUGCUAUUAAAAUUGGGUUAUAUACAUCAGUACUAGCUUCAGGAUGCAUGUUGUAUUGUUAAUAAGCAUUUCUGGCUUAUUCUUUAACAGUAUCUUGCCAUUCACACAUCAUUUGAAGCUAGAUUGAAAAGGAGACAACUUUUGGGAGCACUUUUUCAUGGGUAUAAGGAGGAUAAAAAGAACCAGUGGAACCUAGGCUAUCAGAGAUGUUUCAAAUGAUUACUAACAAAACAAACACUCUUUAGAUUUUUGGUGAAAUGAGACAUCCAAUUAUCGUUUAGAUAUACUUCUAUCAUAUACAGUGCUUUAAGUCUUCAGUUCUCUGACAAGUCAGAUGUCUACUAGAAUGUCAGGUUAGGAAAUCUGAUUUGUGCAAAGUACUUGGCACAUUGUUUGGCAUAUAUUAUACACUGUAUAAAAGUUUGUUAUAAUGGGAAGGAAUGCCUUUAUGAGUUUUAAAGUAAAUGAACUUAAUUUGUUUAAUGAGUGAAUGGCCUAAGGCUUAAACCAGCCCCAGGUCUAGUGGGAGAGAGCACAGGCUUAGAACCAGACUGCUUGAGCUUGAAUGUUGACUCUGCCAUGUACAAACUAUGGGUCCUUAACAUCUCUGCAUUAGCACUUCCAUCUCUACAGUGAGAAUAAAAAUGGUACCCACCUCAUAUCAUUAUGAGGAUUAAAUGCAUUCAUAUAGGUAAAUUACUUGGAACAGUGUCUGUACCCAGCAGGCUCUCAAUACAGACUAUGUGUGUGCAUGCUCAGUUGUGUCUAUCUCUAACCCCAUGGACCCGCCAGGCAUCUGUCCAUGGAAUUUUCCAGGCAAGAAUACUGGAAUGGGUUGCUGUUUCUUAUUCCAGGGGGAUCUUCCUGACCCAGGGAUCGAACCUACAUCUCCUGCACUGACAGGUUUAUUCUUUACCACUGAGCCACCUGGGAAGCCCAUAUAUGGAUUAGCUGCUAUGAAUUAUUAUUAAUGUGCUUUGGGCUCAAUGAAACAAUAUACUAUUUAAAAAUUGUACUUUGCUUCUUUAAAAUCAUGUAAUUGAUUUCAGAAUAGUUUAAAUUACAUUGUAAAAAAUUAGGUGAAUUGCUAGGUUUUCAAAAUCAGUUUUGUAUGCCUCAGUAAUGUAUGUAUAACCAAGUCUGCUUAUACCCAAGUAGUCAUAGGAUGCUUGGUCAUCUGUCAUCAGGGUUGUGGCCACAGAGAUGCAGCUGGAUUCACACUCAGGUACCAAACAUGAGGCCUCAAAUUCUAGACUUGUUGCUCUGACUUAUCUAAGAAAAAUCUAGUCUCUUAGUUUCUUUAAUGACUGAAACUUUAAAUUUGCAUGUAUGUGUGUUAUAUGUAAUAUAUAUGUAAAUAAGAUAAAUGUAACUAAAAAACUCCUAGUCAUUUAAUAUAAAUGUUAAGAUAUAAUAAACACAAAAUGGUUAUCCAUACAUACUUCCCUUUUGAAAACAAAAGAUCACCAAAUUUCUGAGCUGAUGACUCCUAGCAACUAAAUAUCAACAGUAAAAGCAGAAUAAAAAUUUAAAUCCUUAUGCUUCAUUUUAUAUGUAGAGAUACAGCCAAAGCUUUUUGGAAAAUACUUAGCAUAUUCAAAAUGUGUUUGAUUGAUGAUGUACCUUCUUUAUAUUAAAGCCUAACACAACCUUUGGUAGACACAAGAAUACAAAUCUGUCUAGAUUGAAUGGAUAUGUGCUUUUGUGUACCUAUAUUUUUAUUUCAGAAGACUGUGACAACUCUUUGCAUAUAAAUAUCUGUGAAACUACAUAUAUGUAUUUAAAUUAUAAUACAGUUAAUUUACUUCAGCCCAAUGGCAUUUUGACACAUAUGAGAGAAAUAAAUGUAAUAGACUGCAUAAAUCUAAGAAAUGGAAAAGCAGAUUUUAAAAAUAGAUUUAUAUAUACUAUUUUUAGUUGGAUUCUGAUCUGUUGUGUGGUGAUAUGGGGAUCAUGCAAUAGCUUUUCCUCAUGUUUUCCAUCUACCAUAUGGGACAUUGGGUGAUCUAACUCGUGGCAUUGUUGUAAAGCUUUCUUGUAAAAUAAUAAAGUUGAAAAAUCAAAGAAUGUUUAAAACUUGGUCAAAAAAUGUAAAGUAUAUUACUGCAAAAUGAUAUUAGUACAGAUGAUGCUGCAAAUGCAUUAAAAUUACAAAGAAGUGGGUUUUUUACAGUGUUAUUUUUAUUUAUCAAUAGUAUUGCUUUGUGAAUUUUGCAGAUAUUUUGUGGUUAAAAAAAAGCCUGGGCUUUGUCUUGCAUGCUGUGAAUACUAUAAUAACACACACAUCUUUUCAUAGAAAAAAAAAUAACAACUCAACAAUUCUCUGACUCAUUGUUUUUGAAAAGACAGGUCAAAGCCAUUUCAGUUGACAGUAAAUGAUGCAGCACAUAAUUCCUGUGGAAUCUUGAUAGAAUUUGGGGUGCCAUGUGGAUGAAAGGGUUAAUUUUUAAUGCUAGAACAAGAUUGAAACAAAACAUUUUGCAAUGUCUAACCACCUCUCAGGAAAAUCUUCUUGAUUCAAUAACACUAACAGCAAAAAUACAUUAAUAGCAAUCAUCCAGUGAACUUGAUACUUUGCUCAUCUAUUUAUUUAACAGAGAUGGGAUGUAUGCAAG